AUGAUACCAGCCACUAGAAGCAUAGCAUUGAAAUCGUUGGGAGCUUACAAAAAUGGGUUAAUUUCGUUGCACUUAAGUCAGGGUGUCAGGGCAUAUUCUAUCAAGACUAGCCUUAAACAACUAAACAAACGAAUAAAUAGAUUUGGAGAAGAGAGCACAAGAGAAUCAGAGAUUACUUUGAAGAUUCUUCGUAAGAUCGGAGGGGUUUCCGUGAUUGUUGUAUUAUGCCUGAUUCUCUGGGCUAGUACACUUGUUGAUAAUCCUGUCAGUGAACCCUUGCCAUUACCAGACUUAAGCAAAGAUGUAAGAGAUACCUAG